AUGAUGGCGAAGGCAAGAACGGAACGUCUGGCAGAGGCCCGAAAAUCUGCCGAGGACUUCCAGAAGGCCUGCCAGGAUGUAUUUGACUACUGCACGAUCGCUGAGUAUGCACUUCGUAAACUUGCUCUUCUUCCGGAGGGUGAUGACCCGCGAGACACGGUGAUAGCGUCGGGCUCUCUGGGACCAGAAGAUGCCCUUGCACAGGCUUCCCAGUCCCUCAAGACAGUCGCCAACGGCCUGUCCGAACAGGAGAUUCGCGUCUGUGACUGUCUCGCUCUUGGAAAUCGUAUCCUGGCCGAUUGCAGACCCGAAGCCGCUGCUCGAGUGAAGCAGUGGAUGCAUGCUGUCAAUAGCCGUUGGGAAGAGCUUCUUGAGUGGACGCAGAUGCGCGAGUGGAAACUGUCUCAGGCAACCGCGGACCAGCACGAGCGCCGAAGAAUGCUGGAAUCCCUGAUAAACUGGUUGGAUAAUGCUGAUAGGCGCCUCAGGUCGUGCCCUACACGUGGUGAAACCCAACCGGACGACGCCUUCUCUCAGUCUGAUGUCUCCUCCGAGUCCUCGUUGCCGAUGAAUGUUCAGUCGAUGGGUUUAGAUAUGGACCAAGACCACAUUCGACGCCUACUGAACGAGCAUACGCUGUUCGAAACUGAGUUUGCCGCGCGCCAGACUGAUCGGGAUGUGAUUCUACAGCAUGCAAGGAAGCGAGCAGAAGAACCAACACUGCGUAAACACAAAUCCAUCGGCGCUACCUCCAAACCACAGUCGCUGAGAGGACACUCUGUCGGACGUGGAGGCUCCGUAGGACGUCGCAGUCUGGGCAGUAGGCGCCAGCCUCUGCCUGAGGAGCCACCCAAAACAGUCUAUGCUAAUGAAAAGGUAAAUGAGAUGAAUGCCAAAUGGGAUCACAUAGUGGCAGCCAGCAAGGCACGUCGGCAGGCUCUGGAAGAACGCCUAGCGCAUGCUGAAGAAGUGGAGCGUCUCAAGGGCUUUGAUUUUAACGUCUGGCGUAAGCGGUACCUGCAGUGGUUAAACGAGAAGAAGGCCAGACUCGUAGACCUUUUCCACCGAUACGACCUUGAUCGAGAUGGCAAGCUCUCGCACAAAGAGUUCGUUGAUGCUAUCCUCAAUUCAACGACAAAGAUGUUCACGCCCCUGUCUGGUUCGGACCGUUGUCGUUUUUUGCUGCUCCAGCUUACAUUUGCUUGUCCUAAUAAGUGCUUUUUAUUACCAGAAUUCCCCUCGUCGCGCCUGGAAUUGGAACUGGUGGCCGAUAUUGUGGACGCCAAGGGCGAGGGUUUCAUUGACAUGCAAAAGUUCAACGCCGCUCUCCGCAACGGAGCCCCUGCAGGCGCGGCCAAAGUCGACCUGACGAAGGCCGAGCGCAGCGCCAUUGAGCACGAGACGAGUCAUCAAGUCAGUUUGUGCACUUGCCACAAUACUUACCGCAUUUGCAAAAUCUCUGGAAACAUGUAUAAGUUUGGCGAUUCCCAGAAGCUUCGACUCGUUCGCUUCCUCCACAGCAACGUCAUGGUUCGGGUCGGUGGCGGCUGGGUACCUCUGACGGAGUAUCUCGCCAAAAACGAUCCCUGUCGAGGUAGGUUCCCGACUUUUUUUGUUGCAGGAGCAAUUUUUGGACGACAGUGCGAGCCAGGUUUGAAUAGUCUUUUAUGUGUCAGAAGGUAG